AUGGAUCCAUCAAUUUAUUUACCAUAUAGUCCACCUUCUCUGCCACAGGAGUCAAAGUUGAUGACUUAUAUGAACCGGAACAAUAUUUCUACACCUACAAGAUCUUUAAAUCAGUCAUAUAAUAAACUCACAUUGGAAUCUUCUCCACCAUCUGCUAGAAAGGUUUAUGUUGGAGAAUGUAUUCCAAUCAAAUACUAUACAUCAGUAGCAAUGCUUCCAGAAUCACCAUCAAAUACACCACCUCACCUAUCUGCUCCGCAAAUCCAUCAGGAAAAUGUUGGUGGUACAACAUAUUUCUAUCCCACAAAUGAUGUGAAUGCGUCUCUCAAUACUUCAGGUGGACUUAAUUCAUCUGGUUUGAUAGGUGGUUCAGAACAUAACAUGGCUGUCCCCUCCAUGGCAUAUCCACAAAUGUAUGCACCUAUACCUGCAUCACCAAUACAGGGCUUGGGUGAUACAUUUUACAUGCCUGAACAAAUUCGCUCUGAAAUGCAGCAAAUAGCUCAAGACCCGUACACCCAACCAAAUGCUCGCCAAUGUCAAAAUCUACCUAAUAGCCUGGAUGAUUAUACAGAAUUAUUACCGCUGGAAGAGUUGUCCCCACAUUCAAAUACCACAUCUUUUCGAGCCACUCAUAGGAUCCAUGGUGAUCAAUAUGCUUUGCGUCGUUUGCACUCAUAUGGGACAGUGCCAUCUAAGCGUUUUCAAUCAUGGAAACAGAUUGAUCAUCCUAAUAUAAUACGUCUCAACCAUUGGUUUACUACAAGGGCAUUCGGGGACCACUCCAUGGUGAUUGUCUAUGAUUAUCACCCAGCAUCAGUUACUCUGAUGCAAAGAUACCUGGAUGGUCGGACCCCGGGUAGCAAUGGUGCUGGUAAUGGUUCAUACCAUGAUCCUUUCUCAUCUGAUCCAGAUGCCCCUAGGCCCUACACACACCAGAAAAAUGCGAUGUUGCGAGCUGUGGCUGGUGGCUCUCUACUCCCAGAAGCUGUAUUGUGGAGUAUUCUGGUCCAACUAACUGCUGGUUUGCGAGCCAUUCAUGCAGCUGGACUGGCUUGCAGAACCUUGGACCCAACUAAAGUUUUGACAAUGGGAUGCAGAAUCCGCAUAGCUUGGUGCGGUGUGGCAGACGCGUUGCAUGCUAAUGAAAUUGAUAUUAAUCAGGCUCAGCAAGACGAUUUGACAGCCCUGGGCAGGCUUACGCUGGCACUUGCAUGUCGCACUAUUCACUGCGACAACCUGCCCUUGUCCAUAGAACUUGUAUCUAGGACAUACUCUGUGGAUCUCAAAAACCUAAUUAUUUAUUUACUGUCCGCUCCGCGCCGCUCCGUUACAGAUCUCAUGCCAAUGAUUGGAGCUAGGUUCUACACUCAGGUAGAGGCAUUUGAACGGCGUACAGAUAUUCUGGAGAGUCAUCUUGCUAGGGAGUUGGAUAAUGGACGAAUGCUACGUUUGUUGAUGAAAAUAUGUUUUAUUAUUGAACGCCCCGAGUUCAAUAGAGACCAUAAAUGGGCAGAGACAGGAAACAGAUACUUGCUUAAGCUGUUUCGUGAUUAUUUAUUCCACUCGGUCACUACUGAAGGCCGACCAUGGCUUGAUUUAUCUCAUGUCUCGAACUGUCUCAACCAGCUUGACAGUGGCACUGAGAUUCAGGUGGGUUUGAUGACUCGCGAUGAAGGAAGCGUUUUGCUCGUGACGUACGCUGAGUUAAAGCACUGCUUGGACCAAGCUUUCGCUGAACUGAUGCAAGUCACCCCUCCCAGCCCAUAA